CAUGGGAAAAGUAAAGUAAAUAAAAAAGGCUACAAAUCUUUACGGGCUCUGGCGCUGGCGCUGUGUGGCGAUUGGGAUUUGACGAUUGCAGAGAGAGAGAGAGAGAGAGAGAUGUUUCCGAAACUGAUGCAGGCUCCCCACGAAGGAAUUGCUGGUCAGGAAGAUAUGCAAGGUCACAGAGGAGACCCUUGCCUCGUUUUAACUUCCGAUCCCAAACCCCGUCUUCGCUGGACUGCUGACCUUCAUGAACGAUUUGUCGAUGCCGUCACUCAGCUUGGCGGUUCAUCUAAAGCUACGCCAAAGGCUAUUAUGCGGACAAUGAAUGUGAAGGGCCUGACCCUUUUUCAUUUGAAGAGCCAUCUGCAGAAAUACAGACUAGGUAAGCAAUCAGGGAAGGAAAUGGGCGAUGUAUCCAAGGAUGCUUCAUACCUUCUAGAAAGCCCUGGUACCGGCAAUUCUUCGCCAAAUUUGCCAACUUCUGAUUUAAAUGAGGGUUAUGAAGUCAAAGAGGCAUUAAGAGCACAGAUGGAAGUGCAAAGUAAAUUACAUGUGCAAGUUGAGGCCGAGAAGCACUUACAGAUUCGCCAGGAUGCAGAGCGAAGAUAUAUGGCAAUGCUUGAGAGAGCUUGUAAGAUGCUUGCUGAUCAAUUUAUUGGAGGUUCAGUUACUGAUACAGACAGUCAUAAGUGUCAUGGAUUGGGGAAUAAGAACACAAAAGGUCCCUCCCUUGACCCACUUGGCUUCUACUCAUUACAAUCCACAGAUGUGGCUGGAGUUCAUGGUCCAGAAGAAGAAGUGCCGACUAGCAUCCAUACCCAAAGGGCUGAUUGCUCCACUGAAAGCUGCCUCACAUCACAUGAGAGUCCUGGAGGACUGACCUUGGAAGGAUCUCCUGGUGGCGGGAAGAAAAGAAUGUUGAGCUUGGACUCCGCAGCUGCAUCUUUAAUUUGGGGUGAAGCCAAGGUGAGAACCCAAGAGAUUAAUGUAGCCGCAGUCAAUCCUCAUGGGAUUGCUAGGUAUGGUAUGUAGGGCUGAAAUUGAACAUGACCAGAGUGAGAUACUGUUGUUCACUCAGUGCAUACGAUAUUUAAAUGUAGAGUUUCAAUCUUCUCUUGUGCAUUUAGUUGGCAGGAAUUGAAAGUGGAAACUAGUCGUCUCAACUCCCAAACUGUAAAUUCAAUAUACUAGUGGCUUAAAUAUCAGAACGAAUCGUGUGUCCAAAGCUGCUUGGGUUAAAUUUUUGACUUAAUGUAGACUCUUAAAUUGUAGACUUGUCAUUCAGUCUUGAGAUGAGAGUGCUUCUAGUCAACUUUUCAAUGCAUGAGAUCUUUACCACU